GAAAUAAGUGACGCGCAUGUUGUAAAAGGGGUGAGUAAUCGCGCAUGACAGCAGCUGUUCGUUCGUAUUUGCUUUUAUUCAUACGGUACCAUCAAACAUGGUUGAGAAUGAUCUGUUUUAUUUGACGUCCACUAUUCACAACAAUAAACGGGGCGCUGUCUCUCUCGUUGUAACAGUCAAUUUACGGGCGUGUAACGUGUGGAAUUAAAGACUGGCAUUUAAAUAUUCAUUAUAGAUCGGUUAGAUGACGCCGACGGCAAGACGCCGUGAUUUGACAGGUCAUGGGGGCCUGUUUCGGCCGAUGUUUUGCCAAAGUCACCGACUCGUUAUCCUACAGGUUGUAUCGCAGGCAUACCAGCAUGUCCUGCCAAGGAGACGAACAAGUUGAGUUUAUAGAUGGAGAAGAAGAUAGAGAACAACCUAAAGGAUCAAAAACUCUGUUAUCGUUUCUCUCCUUAAAGCAAUUUAAGAAAAAACAUGGAGUUCCUGUGACUUUAGAGUUAUUAGACGAAGGGGGAUGGCAAAGAGGCUCCAACAAAUAUGCUAGAUUGAAUUCUAGAAAUGAUCCUUCUACGAGUUCCGGUUUAGACACGCCGCUACAAAUACUUGAUGUUCGAAACUUAAUGAAGCAACAAACUUGUGUUUCUUCUACACCUGGUUCUUCGUUGGAUCUUGAAUGGGAACACGAAGGAUUGCCACUGCCAGUCAUGGAUAAUGAUAAAAUUAGUACCGAUGGAUCACAAACUUCAAUUAAUAAUAGUCAGCCUUCUAGUUUGACAGCAUCUCCCUGGUCUAGAGUAUCAACACCAAACAGUUUAGAAUGGGAUCCUGUAGAAGCAGAUAUGGUAUGUGUUGAUAUGGAGACUGAACAGCUUUUGACUGAGAUAGAGCGAUUAACGGAUAGGGCUUUAAAAGAAACAGGCGAAUGGACUAAUGAUAGCUGAUAAAAGAUCCAUUUGUAUUUAAGAGGAUUGUUUGUAUUUUUCUAUUAUAUAAAAUAUACAACAUGGGGAUAGAAGAGUUUGGGGGGGGGGGGUAAUUGCAAAGAGAGAAAAGUGUAAAGUAAUAGAUGGCAAAAAGAUGUUCUAUUAUUUUCAUCUUUCUUCAUUGAAAAUAAUAGAAUUUAAAUUGUUUCACAAGUAAUUUGGCUGAAAAGAUUCAAAAGUACCAUGACCAAUGAUACUAAACAGAAAAGAAAAAACAAAAACCAAAAAUAUAAUAAAUACUAUAACUUUAGAAAAAAAAUAAUUAAAUUAUAGACGUAAAAACAAGCUUAUAAAAAUUAAUGUGAUAAACGAAAAAUGAAUCUAUUUGAAUGCCAAUUGUACUUUUAACAGAUAUUUUUAUGGCCUAAUUUUAUUAUUUAGCGUAAGACUUCAGUUUUGUAGUUCGUGCACCUUCAUAUAUUUGAAAUGUUUAUAUAUGAUAACUAAAAUGGAAUUGUUCAAAUAAUUUUUAACAGACAAUAACUUUCUUCCUAUUGAUUAAUCUACAUUUUUGUUCAUUAUAUUUAUUUCAACUAAUAUUUUUUUAUUUAAAAAGAUACAUGCAAAACACAUAUACACACAGUUAGUGUAUACAUUUUGAAUUAUAUAACUUUUGUUCUUAAGAACAUGGAGAGAAAGAACGAAGAAUCACACAAAAUAUUAUUUUAAGCUAAGCAUAUCAUGUAUGUAUGUUGCGAUACAAUAUUUGAGAAAUUGUAAGUUCUAAUAUUUCGAUAAUUACUUACAGAUAAAAUUAUGACGAAAAAAGAAAAAUAAAUAAAAUAAAAAAGGAAUUUUUGCCGAGGCAAAAUUCCUUUUAUUGGCUUGCUUUACAUUAAAGCUUAGAUUAUUUGAAAAAUAAAAUAUAAUGAAUAUAUAUAGAUAUAUAUAUACAUAAACUUUAAUGUAAAGUAAACGUGACAAAAACUGUGGUAUUAUAUAAACUAAAGCUUUUAAAGGAAGGUGCUAAAAUUCUAACACAUAUUUUAUCUAAGAAGUUAUUUUUUGGUAUCAAAAUAAGAUCAUUUAUUUAGUUCUCGAAAAGCUUAGCUGACUAAUCAAAUGUUUUACUUAAACUAGACUGCUUUCGAUAAUAUGCAUUGAUAUUACAUAAUUUUUUGGUGAUUGCAUUUUAUGCACGUAUACAUAUAACUCAUAAUGUAUCACCACGUUAGUGUUGGUAUAUUAAUGUUAACAUAAAAAAGGAAUAUAGAAAAAUAUUCCUUAAAUUGAUAGAUCAUUGACUCCCACAUACUUAUUUUAUAUUAUUAUGUAUGUUGAACACACAAAGAUUCUAAAUAUUUAUAGAGAUAACAAACAUUGAUGUAGAAUGCCUUAAUAUUAUUAUGAUAGCGAAAUCUUCACUUCUUAAGUGUUAACAAAAUUAGCCGAUUUAUCGAUUCGUGUUUAACUUGUAUUUUUUAAAAUUACACGCAGGGUAUUGAAUUUAUAACUGAUUAAAUAUCGUUGCAGUAAAAAACAAAAUUAUGAUACAAUUACAGUAAUGACAAUAGUCCAGUAAAAUGUCAAUGAUUCAUUAGCACGCUUACAGAUUGGAUAAAUUGCAAUAUUUUAAACAUAUUAAUAUAUGUAUUAUAAGCGCUUCAAUACUUUUUUAUAUUACAUUAAG